AUGUCUUUCUAUGUGAACAACAUUGUGUCAGAGGACAUGUUUGAGGAGAUUUUGGCCGACGAAAGAAUAGCCAUCGUCCGCUUUGGGUAUGCGGAGAGCCCGGAGUGCCAGAGGCUUGACAGAAUGCUGGCUGCGCUGGAAAGCACUGUAGGAAGGUAUUUUGCGUUCAGUGCGUAUGAAACAAAAGACGUCACCCAAAAGAUCCGGAAAAGGUACGAGAUCAGUGAUGAAACCCGGUGCAUUUUGGUGUUCUUCAGUCAGAAAAAGCCGGUGUAUGUUUCGUUCUGCCGGAGGCCCAGCUACCAAGUGUCCGAGAAGUUUCCAACACUUGACGAGCUUUUUUCGCUUUUAAUCAUGGUGAACCAAGGCAUAACCCACCGAAAGAAAAUCAUCAACAUAUACGGGACAUACUUUGAGGGGAAGCGCGGGGGCAAAAAGCCGGAGGCCUCCGAGGACUACGAGUAG